AUGUCUGCACCGAUGCCACCAGGAUGGGAAGCUCGUCAAGCUCCUGACGGCCGAUGGUACUACAUUGACCACAACAACCGUACCACUUCUUGGGAAGAUCCUCGUACCAAGUAUAAUCAGCAACCACCACCUCCUCCUGCUUAUGGUCAACCUCCUCAACAACAAGGCUAUCCACCUCAACAAGGCUACCCACCACAACAACCUGGUGGCUAUCCACCACAACAGCAGCAAGGUUAUCCUCCACAGCAACAAGGUUAUCCUCCUCAGCAACGAGGCUAUCCCCCUCCUCCUCAGCAACAAGGUUACCCACCCCAAGGCUAUCCUCCUCCUCAACAACAAGGUUAUCCACCUCAACAAGGCUAUCCACCACAACAACCUGGUGGCUAUCCACAACAAGGCGGUUAUCCACCCCCUCCUCCACAAGGUUCUUAUCCUGGUGGUCAACAACAACAACAACAAAAGAAACAAGGUGGCAUGUCCACUGGCAUGAAGGUAGCUGCAGGUGCUGCUGUUGCUGGUUUAGCCGGUUAUGGUAUUGCCGAAUUUGUUGAGCAUGAACAUGAACAAAGUGAACGUCUUGAUGAUCUUGAGCGUGAAAAUCAAGCGUUGCAACGACAACAGGAUGAGAUGGAACGUGAACAACAACAACAAGAGUAUUAUCAACAGCCACCCCCACCACCUCCACCUGCCGAGUCUUAUCCACCUGCAGGUGAAGACUAUGGUGCUCCACCACCCCCACCACCAAGUGAAUACCCUCCUCCUCCCGAAGAACAGGGACCCACUACCACGAUUAUCAAUGAAGAUGGUGGUUGGUUUGGUGAUGAUAAGCAAACCAUUAUCACACAAAACCCCGAUGGUGAAACGACCGUUGUUGAACGUGAAGAGGGCUGGUUUGGUGACGAUGUCACUGUCACCCAAACCGAUGAAUAUGGCAACACCACAGUGGAGGAAGAAGACUCGGGUUGGUUCUAA